UCAUCGGUCUUUACUAACUUCAUUUCUCCUGUGACAGUCUCAGUGUCGCAAGAAGAGUUGCGGGCCCACCCCUUCACUGAUGUGACACUCUCCUGUCAUUUCUCCUUUGUGGAGGGCACAGAAAAUCUUGAAUUUUCUUGGGAAAGAGAAGACAUCAUAGAGGAAUAUGAAGUAGAUGGUGACGAGCAAUUUUACCGCUUUUUCCGGUACUAUGAUUUCUUUGAAGUUUUCACAAAGGUUGUAUACCAGUUUCACAGUAACACAGAGCAACUAGAAGAUCAAAAUGCCAUGUACGAAGGAAGAGUUUCGGUGGAUCAAAAUGAAAUUUCUGAGGGGUCCCUGUCACUUCUACUAAGGAAUGUGGGCUUCAUGGAUGAAGCAAUGUACAAGUGCUCAGCCAUCACACCAGAUGGAAGAGGCGAAAGCACAAUCAAGCUAAUUGUAGAAGACUCUGAAAUGCCCCAGGUACAAUUUGGCAAGAUUGAUGAGGAGGACGUGGCCAUUUGCGUCUCCAAGGGCUGGUACUUUGCACCCAAUGUGACCUGGUUGGACCGGGGUGAGAAGGACCUGAGUAAUCACAGUACAGUUGAGAUCCUGGAGGAGCAGAUGAAUGGCCUGUACCGGGUAUACUCUGUGCUGAAAUACCCAGUCAAGUUAAAUGAGAAAUAUGUCUGUCAUAUCAAAGAGACAGACCAGAACUACAAGCCCUUCAGAAUGAUCCGCAGGUACCCCAAGAGAAGAUAUCCCCCAUCAUAUGACUAUUAUUAAGAGAUGUGAAUAACAUCUGCUCAAGGAUCUGUCUUCCUUUAAACCACUGGA